ACAACGCAUUAGAUCCUUAAUAAAAUCAAAUUAGAAGGCGUGCUAGGGUUCGAAUCUCCACGACCUUACCCAAAAUCCUGAAUUUCUCAAGCAAGAAGAAGAAGUGGCAAUGGAAGAACUUCAAUCUCCACCAGAACCAUCAUCCACUGACAUUACCUCCAACAAAGGGAGGAAGAAACCACAGGCUAAGGAGAAGAAGGAACCGGAGAAAAGAGCUAAGAAGACCUCCAACAAAGGGAAGAAGAAACCACCGGCUAAGGAGAAGAAGGAACCGGAGAAAAGAGCUAAGAAGAAGACACCAGUGGCUACUACUGCUGCUGCUGCUGCUGCUGCUACUACUACUUCUACUUCAGUCAACGAACACCAACGCACUGAUCGUUUAAAUGAUGUUUUGCCCAAGGUUAAGGUUUCAGAGUUUGAUCCUUGUGUUGAAAAUCAUUUUAGAGCCAUGGAUGCAAUUGUUGAGCUCUGUUGUGAAGCAGAGGAGGGCGAUGGUGGAAUUGACGAAAGUGACAUUCAGCGCUUUUCAUCGUCCACAAUUUUCUUGAGGGAAUGGAGGUUCUACAAUUAUGAGGCGAAAACUAUCAAGUUCGCUAAUGAUUCGACAGGUCCUGAGGGUAAGGAUGCUGAUAUCACGAUAAACUUACCACAAUUUUCUUCUGCAGCUGUUCUAAAGAAAGAAGCACCGCCUGGAGCCUCUACAUCUCUGGAUUUUCGAAACUUUGCUAUGCAUGUCGGUGGGCCUGUUUGGGCCUUAGAUUGGUGUCCUCAAGUUCAUGGAAGGACCAACUCCCUUAUCAAAUGUGAGUUCAUUGCUGUUUCUGCUCAUCCACCUGGUUCUUCUUAUCACAAGAUGGGUAUCCCGCUCACAGGAAGAGGUAUGGUACAGAUAUGGUGUUUAGUGCAUGGCACCGAAAACUAUGAACCGAUCGAUGUAGGAGAGCCUCCUUCAGAUUUAUCUUCUCAACCAAAGAAGCCUAGAGGAAGGCCACCAGGGCGCAAAAAAAAGGAGGCAUCAGGCUUGCCAUCUCCACCGAAGAGGCCUAGAGGAAGACCUAAAAAGGAACAAAAAGAAUCCACUGACAAGAAGGGUGACAAUUGCCAGCUUGUUCAGGAAUUUUCUAUGGAAAACCCAGUUGGUUCAUCCAGCUUGCUUGAGAUUGAUGGUGUCCCCAAAAAUACUGAAAAUUUUGUAUUACUGGAAAACAAUGUUGAAAGAGAGAGGAGUACCUUACAAGAAGUUUCUACAUGUAAUUCUGAAGAUGAAGUUCCUGCUAAGAAAAGGAGAGUGAGAAGAAAAGUUAAGUCUAGGAAUCUUGUCGAUGACGUGGGAGUGUCAUCACUUACAGAGUAUCAAGAAGAUGGAUCCAUUGCUAACAAUCAUGAGGCGGAUGAGAAUGUUAAAAGUGAAUAUUCUGGGGAAGACAAUCUGUUAUGCAAGGACAUUUCAGAGAAUGUUGUCUUAGACGCUAGCUCAAUUGAAUUUUCUAUUCCCGAGAGUGUUGCUUUGCCAAGAGUCGUACUGUGCUUAGCUCACAAUGGAAAGGUAGCAUGGGAUUUGAAAUGGAAGCCAAUCAAUGCAUGUACUGACAAUUGCAAGCACCGAAUGGGCUACCUUGCUGUCUUGCUAGGCAAUGGAUCUCUAGAAGUCUGGGAGGUUCCUUUUCCCCAUGCAGUGAAGACCAUCUAUUCUAAAUUCAAUGGGGAGGGUACAGAUCCUCGCUUUGUGAAGUUGAAGCCUAUUUUCAGAUGUUCGAGGUUGAGAACUGCAAAUACACAGAGCAUCCCUCUGACAGUGGAAUGGUCUCUCGCACCUCCUUAUGAUUAUCUACUCGCUGGAUGUCAUGAUGGAACGGUCGCAUUGUGGAAGUUCUCUGCCAAUAGUUCUUGUGAAGAUACGAGGCCUUUACUUCGUUUUAGUGCAGAUACAGUUCCAAUAAGAGCAGUUGCAUGGGCACCAACUGAAAGCAACCUCGAAAGUGCAAAUGUGAUACUUACUGCUGGUCAUGGAGGUUUAAAAUUUUGGGACCUAAGAGAUCCUUUCCGCCCCUUGUGGGACCUUCAUCCAGCACCGAGGAUUAUAUAUAGUCUGGAUUGGCUUCCUAAUCCUAGAUGCGUUUUUUUAUCCUUUGAUGAUGGAACAUUGAGACUUCUCAGUUUGCUAAAGGCUGCAAAUGAUGUUCCAGCAACUGGCCAACCCUUUACAGCGAUAAAACAAAAAGGUUUACACACUUACAUUUGUUCAUCAUAUGCCAUCUGGAGUAUUCAAGUGUCAAGGCAGACAGGCAUGGUUGCAUACUGCGGUGCUGACGGAGCUGUUGUCCGUUUCCAACUUACUACGAAAGCAGCGGACAAAGAGAAUUCACGCCAUCGCACCCCACAUUAUGUAUGUGAAUACUUAACCGAGGAGGAAUCAAUUAUUACAUUCCGCUCGCCACCACCAAAUGUUCCAAUCCCUUUGAAAAAGCUGUCCAACAAAUCUGAACACCCACUGUCCAUGCGAGCUAUUUUAUCUGAUUCAAUGCAGUCUAAUGAAGGAAAUCAUAAAACAGCCACAGCUUCAACAUUGGAAAAUGAAGCAGCCAUUUGCUCGGAUGUCGAUGUCGGUGUUGAAUCUGGAUCUGAGGAUACACCGAUGUCCACCAAGAAGAAGAACCGAACUCAACCGAAGUGCAAGAAGAAGGGAGUUGAGAACCUAGAAUUGGAAUGUAACGUUGAGCCUAAAGAUGAUGCACAUAUAGAUGCUGACGUAGAAGCACAAACAGAUGCUGUCUUAGAAGCACGGAUGGAUGCUGACGUAGUGCCCAGUUCGGGGGAUCACUUUGAAAAUCUUCCUCCCAAAUCAGUUGCAAUGCAUAGAGUGAGAUGGAACAUGAACAUGGGGAGUGAAAAAUGGUUGUGCUACGGUGGAGCAUCUGGAAUUCUACGCUGUCAGGAGAUGGUGCUGUCGGCCCUCGAUAUGAAGUUGAUGAAGAAAAAAUGAAAUUUAUUUGAAAAAAAUGGCUUUCUAAAAAUGUUUAUUGGGCAGCUGAUUUUCACGAAGCGACUUGUGCUCUUGCUCAGUUCUUUGUACAGUUGUAAGAUCAGAGAAGCCAUUUCGAAUUGGAAUAAUUGUUAUUGCCAUCGACCUGCAGUGCUUUCAUCCUCAAUAGGCUUAAAUUAGAGGAGCAGCUAAACGAAUAAAAGAGCAUGACCUUUGCAGAAGACCAAUAACUAGGAAGGUUAUUUAAUAAGAGAAGUUCAAGAGCCUUAGCAGAUAAACUUGAAUAGUUAGAGGAACAUCAGCAGUUAUGGUAAAACUUUAGCCAAUUGUGUAUUCUAAAAUAACUGACGCAAAGCUCGCCUCCUUAGCUAAUGGGUGUCGGGUUUAAUAUGUCGUGAGGCUGUUCGUCUAGAAGAUGAGGUUCUAGUAAAUAAGGCUAUUAUCGGAGCUUGAUUAUUUUCUUAUUUAUAUGUAAUCUGUUUUUCUUAACUCUUCUAUAUUGUAAAUGAGCUUUCAAAUAUUGUUUCCUUCCUAA